AUGGAAGCCAUUGACGUUGUUGAUACACUCAAGGAAGCUCAAUCUCAAUAUAAAACAACUCAAGUAUCGAGACCGAUCUCAUACGAGCAUGAUGCGGGCAACCUAACUGCCUUUGACAACAACGCAUUGGACGAUACUAUCUUGUUUGGAGCAUCAUCAACUGAUAUUGAACGUGAAAAAUACUUGACUUCAAAUGCCAGAGAUGCACUCCAGUCUCUACUUAAUGAGAUCUUUACAUUGCCGACUGUAAAGAAGAAUGAUGCUACGUUGGUGGAGUUGCCUCGUCCUACUACACAGUUGCCUAGAGCUAAACCUGUACCAAGAGAAAAGAUCAUGACACGAUGGGAAAAGUUUGCGAAAGCCAAGGGAAUUAAAAAAGUCAAGAAAUCCACCAAAGUGUUUGAUGAAGCUAUGGGAGAAUGGAUUCCCAAGUUUGGAUACAAGCAUGGAACUGACAAGCUUGAUGAUUGGCUUGUUGAAGUUCCUGAAACUUCAGACCCAAUGGAAGAUCAGUAUGAGAAGGCUCGAACUGAAAAGAAGGAUCGAGUUGAUAAGAAUAAUCGUCGUGCCAAGCGUAAUUCAGAAGAGAGGUCUGCUGAAGCUUCUGGACAAGAUCCAAGAAAGAUCAAGAAGGCACAGCUAGAAACUGCCUUAAAGCAAACCAAAACUUCGACGGCAUCGUUAGGCAAGUUUGAUGCCACACUCCACAAUGAAGACAAGGUCAAGCUUAAGAGUGGUAUCAAGAGAAAGUAUGAACCAACAUCUGGUGAUGCCGAAGCUGAAAGGAAGAAGAUCUUGGCUGUUGCAGAAAAGGUGAUCAAGGCACGCGAAGAACCAGUUUUGAAUGCCAAGAAAGCGGUAUCACAGGUCGCACAGUCGCGGUCAAGACCUACAUUAGAAGGAGACCAUAAAAAGAGCUUCAAGGGCAAGAAAACCAGAGGGGGUCGCGACAGUUUUAAGAAGGGCAAGUCGUUGUCAGACUUGUUUAAAAACCUGGUUUACUUCGCCACGCAACAGAAACGGCCAACAACAAGUAGUAUCGAGGUAGUAUCGAGGACGCUUGGAAGCAUGAAUGGCAUAUGGAGGCCGGUACUCCUAUUACUGCUGGCAACCUCGGCUCUCCUCGUGCAAGCUGCGGACUUGACUCUACUGCAUCGAAUCCGCCAGUACGACUUCUUGAGUAAUAUAGAUGCUACCUCGGGAAACAGCGGAACCGCACUCCAACGGACAUUCAAAAUGGUGUUACAGCCUAAUGAGAUGCUUAUACACAGUGCUGGACUUGUAACGAUAUAUUCGGACAAUGAACCACCACAACAAAUCUCGCUUGCAGAAUUCGCAGGUGGACGUGCAUUCCAUGGAAAAGUCAUUGAAGAAGAUGAUAUGGGCAUAUUGCAGGAAGUCGGAUGGGCUCGUAUCAUAUUUCACGAUGACGAUCUCUGGAUGGGCAGAUUGGAUCCAGACUUUGAAGGAGUGUUUACUACAAGCGAGGGCAUGUUCCAUAUCAAACAUGUCGAUCACUACAAGAUGGCAAAGCGACCUGAGGAUGCACCAGUCAUACCUAUGCUGGAUAGACCUAAAAGUCAACAGCAUUCUAGACUUAUUAUAUACGCAGACAGUCAAGAAGGCCAUGUCGCUGCUACAUGCCCGAAUACGCCAUUCUCGCCAUUUACUCAAGGAGCCCAGAAAGGAUGUGGUGUAGAAGAAGACAUUUAUACCUCAUCAGGGCUAGACAAACGAUCCGCUCAGUCUCCGGAACAUAGUUGUGGAUUCGAUGCUAGCAUACAUAAACACGAGGACUUUGAAGUCAUUACCAAACCAAGUAGAUUAGCGGAACGAGCAGCGUCGGGCUGUCCGUCUUCCAGACAAAUGUUGGGAGUAGGCGCUGCUGCCGAUUGUACCUACGUCGCCCAGUACGGUGGUCCAUCAGGUGCCUUGACUCAAAUCUUGGCAGACUUUAACGCCGCUUCCAAAGUAUACGAAAACACCUUCAACAUAUCCUUGGCUGUAGUGGAAGUAGCCAUCCACACUACUUGUACCCCAAAUAAUUCCAGCUUGUUAUGGAACCAAGCCUGUUCCGACGCAUAUACAAUUAACAAUCGAUUAUCAGAUUUCUCUCAUUGGAGAGGCCAAAAGUCAGCCGAUCAAGCUGGACUUUGGCAUUUAUUGACUAAUUGUCCUAGUGGUCCAUCUGUUGGUAUCGCUUGGCUGAGUACCGUAUGUGAAACUACUUUUACUUCACAAGCUACUGGUGGAUCCACACAGUAUGUAUCUGGUGCUGGUGUAUCAUCUAUUGUUACCACUGAAUGGAAGGUCACUUUGGUGCCAUUCAUGAUUGCAUAUCAAGUCAAUGUCCGUGCUCAAGUAGCUGCUCAUGUUGUCAAUGUACUGGAUGUGAUUGUCAAGGACAAUACCGUAAUCAUGCACCCAACGGAUAACAGUGUCUUGGAUGCCUUCUCGCCUUGCUCACAAUCCACCAUUUGUGGUCAAUAUGCCAAACUUGGAACUUGCUUGAGAUCUCCUGGAUCUUUCAGCACAGUAACUGCGGGAGUAUGUGGUAACGGCAUCAAAGAGGGCAACGAAGACUGUGAUUGCGGUGCCAAUUGUGCAACAGAUUCAUGUUGUGAUGGAACAACAUGUAAAUUCAAGAAUAGUGCUAAAUGUGACGAUCUGAAUGAUGCCUGUUGCAAGGGCUGCCAGCUCUUGUCAAACGGCACAGUCUGUCGAGCAUCUAUAAGUGUUUGUGAUUAUGCCGAGCAAUGUGAUGGCAUCUCGUCAUCAUGUCCAACGGACUUGCAUGUAUCAGAUGGAACAAGUUGUGAUUCCACGAAGGGUCUAACUUGCGCGUCUGGUAUAUGUACAUCUCGAGAUGCUCAAUGUAAAUCCAACAGCACGUACUUUACAACUACUGGAGCAUGUCCCGGCUAUGAUAGUGAUUGCUCGUUAUGGUGUGCGGCUGGAUCAUCAGGAUGUUUGAAGGGUGCCGGAUACUUCCUGGAUGGUACUCCAUGUGGCUAUGGUGGAAUGUGUAAAUCUGGAUCAUGUAGUUCAAGUAAUGUCUUCUAUCAAGUCAUCAAUUGGUUUUCGUCAAAUCCUACUAUUGCUAUACCCGCGGCCGUCUUGGCUGGAUUAGUGGUGUUUGGUGUAGUCAUUGGUGUCUGUACUUGCUGUAUACGACGUUGGCGUCGCAAAGGUCCUGCUGCUAUGGUUCCUGCCGGACUCAUGUCUCAGGACUCAUACGCAGCACCUACAUACCAAUAUCAAGCACCAGCGCAUUAUGUGGAUGCUAGCAGAUAUAAUGGCUCUGCUUAUUCAACACGAGAUGACUUCCUGGUGGAUAGCACAUAUAGGUCAAUGUCUCGUGCACCACUAAGAUCACCACCGGUGCAAGUUCAAUCACCCAUGUCGUCUUCACCAUCAAGAUCACCAAUAUCGCAACCAGCGACACCCUCAUCAGCCAGGCCAAUGAUGCCACAAGCUGCUCAAACCACUCCUAUGAGAGUGCAAUAUUACCCUCCUCAGAGCAGAUACUAUGAGUCAUAA